AUGGAAAAGAAGCAUUGUAAAUGGCUGCAGAUUGACUCAUUAGUAUGUAUGACAGUGGUGAUUUUCGGUAUUGGAUCUUGGAUCGACAUUAACGGACUGUGGGCAGAGUCCCCACUACUGAUCACACAUGGACGUCUUCCCGAGGGAUGGAAACUAGUGUCCUAUAUUUCUAUCAUAACUCAGAUAGCAAACAUUGGACCACUGUUCGUAACGCUCAUGCGCACUAAAGCUCCAGGAAGGCUGAGUGAUACAGUCGUCGUUUAUGUCAUCCUGGGAAUCGGGUGCAUUGCUUGUUUACUGCUGGCGUUCUUCUGGGAUUCGACAAGUCACAUUGCUGGUGUUGAAAGAAGUACGUGGUUACUGACGCUGACAGGGUUUCUGGCUCUUGUAGAUUGUACAACUUCAGUGGUUUUCUUGCCAUUUAUGGUCAAAUUUCAAGAAAUUUAUCUCACAGUUUAUUUUAUUGGUGAAGGAAUGAGCAGUCUGGUGCCAGGAGUAGUUGGUUUCAUUCAAGGAAGCGGGUCAUAUUCUUGCCAAAACAUAUCCGUCAUCAACUCAACUACUAAUCUAACUAACUAUAUAAUUCAACUAGAGUUUCAUGACCCUGUAUUUUCCGUGCGGGAUUUUUUCCUGUUCCUCUCUUGUAUGGUCUUUGCAAGUGGAACUGCAUUUUCUUUUUUAAAUUAUUCUAAUUAUUGCAAGUGUGCCUAUGCGUUUAAUCAUGCAGACAACAAAAUAUUGGAACAUGAAAGCCUUCACCGUUCAGACUACAAGAACCAAAACUCAAAACAUUUCAUUGCAGUUGAAGAGUUAUCCCUAAUGGAAAAAUCAAACAUAGAUGCUACAGAAAAUUUUUCUGAUCGUUCACCAAAAUAUUACUAUUAUUUGAUAAUAACUGCUAUUAUAAAUGGCGUGAAAAAUACAGUGUUGCCAUCAAUAGCCACCUUCUCAAGUUUGCCGUAUGGAUUACAUACAUAUCAUUUGACAGUAAUUUUAUCUUUGAUUGCAAAUCCACUGUCUUGUUUCGCCGCUAUGUUUUUAACUGUUUCCUCAUGUUUCGUUAUAUCGACAUGUACGUCCAUCGGCAUCCUUUCAGCUGUAUACAUUAUUUACAAUGCGUCAGCGAGCCCAACUCCGGUGCUUGUUGGGACAUUUGCAGGGGAAUUUCUAGUCAUUUUGUCGUGGAUACUGGCGAGUAUUUUUCUAACUUACUCUGGAGUUUCCGUAGCUAACAUCUUCCGCAGAGGAGGACGUAGGGCACUUCUUUGGAUUGGCGUAAUGCAACAGCUGGGCUCUUUUCUCGGAGCCAUUAUCACAUAUUUCUUUAUAAAUGUGUGGGAAUUGUUUGAAAGUGCUCCUCUCUGUUAAUUUUUUGACUUAAAAAACUUUUUUAAGUUGUGUUUGGGAGUUAUGGUGACGGCCUACUUGAUAAUUGAUUCCUAGAGUUUUUGUUUAUUAAAUAUCGAUGUUUGUUUCUAUAAAUAAAUACAUUUGUUAGCGAUAUUCCAGUC